AUGGCGGUCAACUCCCACGAAUGCUAUCCGCCGGAGCUGUCUUCAGAAGAGCAGGAAUACCUGUUGACGAAUCUGAAAGAUUGGUCGAUUGCGCAUGGACUAGCGGUGCGGCCGGCUCCGUCAUUCGUCCAACCGGCCCAAGACCCUGCUGGGGUGCUCGCUGCUACAGCACCCGUCACUCUCUUUCCGAGUCUGUUCCCUCGGAACUGUUUCGAAGAAGGAUUAGCGAUACAAACAGCUUACAAUGAGUUGUACUCGGCAAUAGCUCGAGACGAAGAGUGGUUAAGAGGCAUCGUGGAAGAACUGGUCGAUAUUGAUGACUUCGUGGGGAAGCUUUGGCAAACCCAUCUGGCAGUUAAGAAGGAAGGCUAUGUGCAGAGUCUAUCGCUUGGUCUGUUCCGUUCGGACUACAUGGUCCACAUGGAUCAGGCCAAUCUUUCCUCGCCCUCCGGUCUCAAACAGGUCGAAUUCAACACGAUUGCAUCGUCUUUUGGUGGUCUAUCCUCUCAAGUAUCGCGGCUGCACAAGUACUUGCUCUCGGUAAAUGCGUAUCCAUCAUCUGCAACUUCUCUCAUUAAAGAAGAAGCGCUCCGCCAGAGUAAGUCGGCCUCUUCUCUGGCUCAAGGACUUGCUGCUGCGCAUAAGGCAUACGGGCCUUCGUCGACGGGCCGCUCCCUGUGCGUACUAUUUGUGGUACAAGACCCCGAAAGAAAUGUUUUUGACCAGCGGCACCUCGAAUAUGCAUUGUUCGAAGAAAACGGCGUGCGCGCUUUCCGAUUGCCUUUCGAACAAACCUUGUCGCACACAGAAUUGGAUACAGACCGUACGCUACUGUAUACACCACCUAACGCGCCUUUUACUACUUACGAAGUUACUACCAUCUACUUCCGAGCCGGUUACUCUCCGGACGACUAUCCAGAAGAGAAGGAGUGGGACGCAAGACUUCAUCUCGAGAGGAGUAAAGCAAUCAAGUGCCCGAGUGUGCUGACGCACCUUGCCGGGUGCAAAAAGGUCCAGCAAGUCCUCGCGACCCCGCAUUCUCCGCACUUGAAGCGUUUCCUGCCGAACGAUCAAGUGGCUUCGAAAGUGCUUUCGACGUUUGCGCCAAUAUACCCCCUAGACGAUAGUGAAGCUGGACAGGAGGCUAAGAAGCUGGCGCAAGACGUGAACUCUGCGGCCCGUUAUGUACUCAAACCCCAACGCGAAGGAGGAGGAAACAACGUCUAUCGAAAGGCUAUUCCCACCUUUCUCGAGAAGCUCCCGCGGACACACUGGCCAGCGUACAUCCUGAUGGAGAUGAUAGAGCCGCCUCCGCUGACCAAUGCGAUCCUUCGAAACGGACAGCUGCAGCGAGGUGGCGUUAUUGGAGAGCUCGGGGUCUAUGGCGUGUGCCUUUGGCGAAACGGGACCGAUGACAAGGACGCGGGUCAGGUCUUGGAGAAUUGGGAAGCUGGAUAUCUUCUUCGAACCAAAGGAGACCAGAGUGAAGAGGGCGGUGUGGCUGCAGGGUUCGGAGCCGUUGAUAGCGUGUUUCUCACCGACUUGAACCCUGACGUCUUCCCUCUCCACACUACCACGUACCCAGUAACUAAAGGCAUCAAAGUCGAGCUUGCAGGUGUUGUCAUCCUGUGUGUGUUCGGCAUUAUAUCACAGCUUCGUCUGUGGAGACUCAUCAAAGAGCGUCGAGACAAGAAGGAGGAACAUGAACAGCAAAAGGCAGAGAGUCAGCAAUUACACGAGGCAGAACUCGGCCGAAAGAUCGAAGACAAGUUCCAGAGGGAACGUCGUGAAUGGGAAGCUACGUACGGAGAGAAAGGACUUCCAGGCUCAAGCGACGAAUCGGGUUCAGCUACGCCUCAGUCACCAAGUCUCAACGAGAAAGAGCACUACGCAAUUGCUUAUGAUUCCAAGGUCGACCUUGCGGGACUUGAGAACAAGCACACGAAAGUCACUGUUGCUGCUGUCCAGGAUGAUGGAAUCCAACGAAUUGAUGCGACGGGAACACCUAUUACUCAGGAUGGUCUUGUUCCUCAAUCCGCUGAUGUUAGCCGAUCCAACAGCGCACGUCCGUCCUCGGACGCAGUAACUUUCUCGCACACCUCCCGGACUGUAUCUGUCACAAGCUCACUCAAGCCCUCAUCUCCCCCGCCUCCGGUUGUUGUACCACUUCCCUUUAAGAUUCCGCAGGAAGAAGAUGCGAGAUCAGCAAUAUCAGACAACCCUUCUGUUUCCGCCUUGCCCGAUACCGAAGAGGAAGCCACACUUACGGAAGAGCAAUUUACUUCCCGUCGCUUGCCCAGUAAACCGACAAUGAAGCGCAUGUCGACGGUCAGGUCUUCGGUUGAUGGGUUUCAAAAUGGCAAGGCACUAAUGAUGUCGCCGAUCGAAGAUGACAGGUCUUCUGUUGCGGCUACGUUGGACGAAGAAGACAGGAUAUCUCUAUCGGAGUUGUCUCCGCCCUCCUCACCUCUAGAUGCGAAGUUCAAUAUGGAAGACCCAAUGACUGACGAGUCGAGCUUCAAGACUAACAAAACUGGCGAAGUACGAGAGGACAGCGCGGUUGCUUUGGGAACAGACGCAGCAACAACACCUAGCACACCAACCAUCGAUGUACAAACCGCAGAAACGCUGGAGGAUAUAUCCAAAGCUCAUGAAUUAGCGCCUUCGCCGUCUCAGAUUGGUCUUCGCAAAUUCCUUACCAUCAGCACUGAUCCAAAACAUGAUGCUGUACAGUCCAAACUCAUUCCUCCACGAAGUCCUCGCUUACGACACGAUACUCUGGUGAAGGAAGGCAGCGACAAUUCCAGUACAGCGAAGUCUGAUGCACCAGGAUCCGUAAAUGAUAACCUCUCGAAUGCGCCUCCGCUUCGCCUCUCGAAGGUAGCGCAAUCGUACCGAACCAACGAAUGGGCGAAACACCUUGAAGCUGCAGACAGACCAGAAAUCGACGAGGUUUCUGAGCCAAGCUCACCAGGUGCUCAACUAGACCACGAGCAGCCCGCGCCAGUGAGCGAAGGCAUUGCACAGCCUUUUGCCGUAGCGAAGAGGGUCUCGAAACGGGUUUCAAGUGAUAGUAACGUACACAGGAAGAAUGCAUUCAUGCAGAUCAACUCCAAUUCAGCGAGACAAUCUCAAAGUGAGCUUCCGGCCUUCGCGAAUAUUCGCAUGUCCGGCUCGCAACAGCCGUUGGCAGUCGAUCUCGUUGGCAGGAGAGUCUCGUCUAGCCCUGCACAGCCCCUCAGUAAGACUCUGAUGGGCAAACGCGAGUCGCUGAUGCGAGACCGGGUUUCUACGCAGAACUUUAACCAACAGUUAUCCUCUGUUAACAACUUGACAGUAACAGCUGAGGAUGACAUGACGUUGGCACAACGUAGACACGUCUUAAAGCAGCAGAAGCCCCCUUCGGCGUCGCAAAAGUGGCAGAAGGGCAGCUGGGCAACGAGCCCUCAAGCCGAAGGAUUCGAUUCCCAUCAGCCGAGGAGAACAGUUGGCUCAGGCUCCGACCAGAAGCGCGAGGAGUUGCUUGUCGGGUGGAGAGGAUCGGUCCCACAAAACGGGGUGCCCAUGCAGAGCGCAGUAGCGAAAGAGGAGCAGCAGCGAGCGGCGAUGAUGAACGCAAAGAGACAGAAGGAGAUGGAGCAGCAGCAGCAAGCUGCCAUCGCGCAACACCGAGAGUCGAUGAGACAUAACAUGAUGCGAAGCAGUGAGAUGCUUGACGCGCACCGCGACGCAAUGCGACGCAUGCAGGCGUCCGCCAACAGAAAAGCGUAA